CGGCGUGAAGCCUCGGCCCUGUAAGCAUCGCUGCAUGAACACGCUGGGCAGCUACAAGUGUUACUGUCAGGACGGAUACAGAGCGCAGCCGGACGGCAGCUGCAGGAAUGCUCGAACCUGUUACCAUGCCAACUGUCAGUAUGGCUGUGAGGUCAUUAAGGGGGCGGUCCGAUGCACCUGUCCGUCUCCGGGGUUACGGCUAGGACCAGACAGACGCACCUGUGUUGACAUCGAUGAGUGUGUGUCGGGCGGAGGUGUGUGUCCUCGUCGCAGAAAGUGUGUGAACACGUUUGGCAGCUUCGUGUGUAAAUGUCACCUGGGAUUCAAACUCACGUACAUCAACGGACGCUACAACUGCAUUG